CGUACUUGUCCACUCAGCACCUCUACCUUAGACGCCAUGACGACUCAGAGCAAAGCAAUGAAAACCUAUCAGGCCGCUGCUGCAAUCCCCCAAUUUACCUCAAAAGAUUAUUUUUCAUUCUGCCUUGCAGGAGCACUAUGCUGCACGAUCACCCAUGGUGCAAUGACGCCUGUCGACGUCGUGAAGACGCGAAUUCAAAUUGACCCUGCAUACAAGAAGCUGAACAUGAUGACCGGAACGCGCUACGUUAUCGCGACAGAAGGUCCCAGAGCUCUCCUUACGGGUUUCGGCCCAACUGCAGUUGGUUAUUUUAUACAAGGAGGCGCAAAAUUCGCUGGUUACGAGUAUUGGAAGAAAAGAUCAGUCGAGUUCGUAGGUGGCCAGGAAGCGGCAGUGAAGUAUCGAACAGCAAUCUACCUUGGAUCAGCCAGUAUUGCUGAAUUCUUUGCAGAUAUUCUCCUGACACCUUUAGAAGCAACUCGGAUCCGUCUCGUCUCAGACAGAACUUAUGCAACUGGACUUGUCACGGGCUUCACUCGCCUAGCGCGUGAAGGUGGCAUACGCGAGCUUUACGCAGGCUUUUUGCCAAUUCUCUGCAAACAGAUACCUUAUGCUAUUGGGCAAUUUGCGGUGAACGAAUUCUGCCACGAGAUUGUUUUUCGUUCAAUGUCCGAAGAGAGCCGUCGCACAUUAUCCAGUACCAGUAAAUUCACAAUACAACUCGGUAGUGGCGUCAUCGCAGGUUUUGCAGCGGCCAUUCUAAGUCACCCAGCGGAUACCUUACUGAGUCAGAUAAACAAGGGACAUGGACCAAAGGGCUCCAUGCCGCAUCGACUUGCAGUACUCGCUCGGGAGGCUGGUUUCCGUGGCCUUUUUGCUGGUCUUGGACCUAGGAUGGUCAUGACCGCGGGCCUUGUGUCCGGGCAGUUCUUACUGUAUGGUGCAAUCAAAGAAGCUUUGGGCGCACCCCCUGGUGUGGAGAUACACAAAGAAACUGGUGCUGCUGUCUGAUGGACACCAAGGUUCGACUUGGAAGGCUUCUUUUCUAGAGUCACUGCAAUAUUUCAGUUGUACAACACACAUAGAAUACAAUCAUUCAAGCGGAUCUCCAUGCCAGAGCAAUGUCAGUAAUCAUAAUUUUGGAGACAACACGGUAAGGCUGUGGUUUUCGCCAGCGUCAGUUCACCACUGACGCUACUGCGAUGUGCUGAUGAUAGAAGGCCCUGAGUUGUUGUGCUAGGUUUUGCGGGGUAUGGAUGUUGGAAAGUCGACGAACUGGUAGCUGGCUUCUUUCGAGCAUGGUAGAUUCUCCGCUGUGCACGGGGCCUUCAUUAUUGGUGGUUCUCGCAACUGGAUGUCCGAUUCAUGUGAGAGACUAGGUUUUGAGUUCAGCCGAGGGAAAGAUCGGGAAAGGGAUUGAAAGUGGACUGACGUGGUGGAGGGGUAUGGCAGUUA